AUGUCUAUCCCAGGAGAAAACGUGCUUCUACCUCCUGUUGAAGUCUCGUGGCUACAACGGGAUUUGCUUCUAUUUGCUGCGAGCAUCGGUAUCGGAACGGAAGAGCUCAACUUUAUCUUUGAGCACGCCGAUCCUUUCGAAGCAUUUCCAACUUAUCCCUGCAUCUUGCCAUUCAAGCUGACCGAUCAGGAGGUGGUUGAUUUCGAUGAGCGAGCUACUCUACGUGAGAUUCCCGGGGUGCCGAAAUUCGAUCCUCGCCGCAUUAUUGAUGGAGGCCGUGCUAUGACAUUCUACCGUCAAAUUCCAACUAGCACUGUCGGUCGCCGCUUCGAGCUCCGAUCAAGGAUCAUAGGAGUUUAUGACAAAGGCAAAAUCGGCUCAAUUAUCGAAGACGAGAAGAUUUUGGUUGAUGCAGAAUCUGGUGAACAGUAUGUCAAAAUGGUGGGAAACACCUUCUUUAUGGGCCAAGGAAAUUGGAAUGGUCCCAAAGGCCCUCCUACUACGAGCUAUCCGUCUCCCUUUGAGAAGGAGCCAGAUUUCACUUUCCGCUUUCAGACUACAAAGCAGGCCGCUUUGAUCUAUCGCUUGAAUGGAGACUACAAUCGUCUACACGUAACGCAAGAACCUGGUAGAUCUUUAGGGUUUGGUGGCCCCAUCAUGCAUGGGCUCUUCACAUACAACUGUGCCGCUCAUGCUGUUCUCAAAUGUGUUGGAGGCAAUAAUCCGGCAAGUCUUCAAAAAUUUCGUGCUCGCUUCGCUGCUCCUGUGCGAGCUGGAGAUGAGCUUGUGACCAAAAUCUGGAAGCUUGGGGAAUUUGAAGGUCAAUAUGAGGAUGUACGAUUUUCGACAUUCGUAAAUGGGAAUAUUGUCUUGAGUAAUGGACGAGCUCUGGUAAAACCUGCUGCGAGGUCGAGCAAGGUUUGA